UGGAACAUUUUCUGGGGGGAGCCUCUGAAGACGCAAGAGUACGCGGCGCUGCUCCCAUUCCAGCGUGUGAACCACUUCCCAGGUAGCUUCGAGCUCGGUCGCAAGGACCGAUUGUGUACCCACCUGCUGCGUAUGAGGAAGAAACACCCGACCGCUUACGCUGAUGUCAUCCCUGAGACGUAUCUCACUGCGAACGACUACGACAAGCAGCAAUUCCUAUCGCGAUUUCACGCGGAACCGAGCGUUGUAUGGAUCCUCAAGCCGCCGAAUUUGUCGUGUGGAAGAGGCAUUAAACUCGUGUCUGCGAGCACCCACGCUGCUCCAAAACUCUCCAAGAAGAAGGCGUACGUCGUACAGCGUUACGUGACAGACCCAUUCCUCAUCAACGGUCUCAAGUUUGACCUGCGCGUUUACGUUGCGGUGACAUCGUACGACCCACUGCGGAUCUACCUCUUCCACGACGGACUGGUACGCUUUUGCACGGAGAAGUACUCCAUGAGUAAGAGUUCACUGAAGAACCCGUUCGGCCACCUAACCAACUACAGCAUCAACAAGAAGAAUGCGGCGGCAUUCCAAAAGAACCAAGACGACGCCCAGGUGGACGAGGCUCACGCGUUGUCAAGCAGCAAGUGGAGUCUUCAAAUGCUCUUCAAGUACCUGUGUGACCAAGGGAAAGCUCGUGAGCUUGCAAACUUCCAGCAAGCGCUUGAAGACUUGAUCGUCAAGACUUUAAUUGCUGUGGAGGAUAAGCUCGCGUCCGCCUUUAGCGUCAGCAACAGUCGUCGCAAUGGGUUUGAGCUGUACGGGUUCGAUGUGCUGCUUGAAGGUGAAAGCAUGAAGCCCCGGUUGCUGGAGGUGAACGUCUUUCCGUCCCUCAGCAGCUCGUCGCCGAUGGACAAGCGCAUCAAGACUGUUCUGGUGAGUGACUUGUUCCAACUCGUAGGAAUUCCUUUCGUAGAUUCACGCAGAGAAGUCCAGCAACUGGACAAGGCCAAGCAAGAGCGUCUUCACGGGAUCAAGCAGCCUCGACAGUCGAGUGCAGGUGUCACUACGUCAAUCCUCCGCAAAGAAAAGGAAGCCCAGAGACGACGACGUACCCUGGACGAACUGCAGGGAACGGCUAGCAGUAUGAUGAUUAACCAGAUCGACGGCGAAGACCUCCAGCUUGUCAAAGAGAUGGAGGAAGAACUCCACCGCUGCGGCCACUUCAAACGCAUCUUUCCCACUCCACAGUCGUUUGACAAGCAUUCGGAGCUCUUCGACACGCUGCGCUACCGCAACCUGCUGUGUAUGAGAUGGCUGCAGCACACAAACCAAGACGGAGCGCGGAGACUGCCUUCAACUGGGAAGAAAUGA